CAAACAGGUCAGAAAGUCGAUCAGGGUGCUCGUAAAAUGGUGACAAAACUAACGCAAUGCCGUGAGAUUUUUAUUGACGAAAACAAAGAAAACAAUCCCAAGUCAAUCUUGAUUUCUGGUGAACCGGGUAUCGGCAAAACGCUAUUUUCGCAGAAAAUUGUGAGAGAUUGGUCAACCAAUAGCUUAUUGCUACCAGGCAUCAAGUUCACUUACCUUAUAACAUUCAAACAACUUGCUCGGCUUGGCAACAAAGAACUAACACUCAGAGAACUGCUGAAUCACUCCCUUUUACUAAACGAAAAGACUAUGGUAACCGAAGACAUAAUGGCGCACAUUAUCCAGCACCCAGAACAACUGUUUAUUGUCUUCGAUGGCUUUGAUGAAUACAAAGACCGCGACAAAAUAAUCGGAGACUUUGAAGAGGAAUUUCCUAAUGAUGUUAAAGCCAAGAUGUCAGUAGAAGCCCUGGUCAGCAAACUAAUCCGAAAAAAGAUCUUGCGCGAUUCAGUCUCGAUGAUAACUUCAAGACCCAGCGAAGCCGGCGCUUUGGACMAAAAAAUCCAUUUUCAUCGCUAUGUCGAGAUUACAGGAUUCUCAAAAAUCCAAGUAAUUGACUAUGUUGAGAAGUAUUUCAAAUGUAAACCAGAAAAAGUAAGAAAGAUGGCAGUGAACAAAGUCAAAGGAUCACCGCACCACAUAUCAUUUGGUCGCGCGCCAUUUCGUUGUUUUUUGAUGUGCAUCUUCAUCGAGUGGGAAAUCAAAAACAAACGCGAUAAUUUAGUUCCUGCAACACUUACAGAAUUUUAUUGUAAUGUUAUCAAAUGCAUCGAAACAAAUUACAAUAAAGCAAUACUUAAAUUAGAUGAGAAAGCCGCUUCGUUGGCUGUUGAYCAAACUCUCGAUAAUUUUGCACGACUAGCGGCACAGUUAGUUGAACAAAAUAGAUUYAGUUUUACUUCAGAAGACUUAGAAAACCUAAACUCAACAGAAAAGGAAUUGUUGCUUUCUAGUAAUCUUAUAAUUUGUUAUCCUGUUUCCAGUAAUUUGCCUUUUCAAAAACCAACGUGUGAAUAUAGCUUCACGCACUUCACAAUUCAAGAGUUUUUUGUUGCUCUGUAUUUGGUCAAGAAAGGUGUAAUGGCGGCACAAGAAAGCACUGAAAUGGUGUACAUCUUCAUGAGCGGUUUGUUAGGUUUAGAUAAUAACAAGAAAUCAAUGGUAGAACUACUAGAGUGUCUAGGUAAACAUAUUAAAGAUGAAUACAGACUAAGACUGGUGUCAUUAAGAUGUUUACACGAGUUUCAAGACAAAAGUUUGUCAAAACAAGAAGUGACUGGAAACCCUGAGUACAGAUACUGGGAUAGUGUUGGGAUGAUUGGAUUACAUGGUGUAACCGACACGGACUGUGCAGCAAUCGCUAUGUUAGUAGAAUACACUGCUACAUCAAUAUCAUCACCACCACACACAUUGUACAUUAAUAACUCAUUCAUAACAAGUGUUGGGUUAAGUAGUUUAAUGCCAUCUAUCAUUCAUAACUCUUCAAUCACUAGACUGGUGCUGUUUGUUUGUGAUUUGUAUGAUGAAUGCGCUGAGUGUUUGGGUGAAUAUUUACCCAACACUAACUUAACCCUGCUAAGCCUGUAUGCUAAUAAAAUAACUGAUGUAGGGGUAAGACAUAUCAUUAAUAACUUACCAAGUAAUUUAACCUAUCUAAACCUGUGUGGUAAUCCAGUAUCUAAUGAAUGUAAAAAGUGGGCUGAACAAUUCUGUAACGAUAAUCAUCCUG